AUGUGGUCUUCGGUCCGUCUAGCCUGCGUGACUCAACCUCCGGCUUGCGACGCCGUUACACUGAUCGAUAUUCGUGACUUCAUCGAUUGGCUGCAGUCGGGUGAAGUUCGGGUGCGUGCAGUUCGGCCGACAUUUGCGUGGUGAGAUGCCAUGUGGCGCUGCGUGUACACUCUCGGUCACAUCUAACUGCCCCUCCCCCUCGCCCUUUCCGAUCAAGGAACCUUUGGAUUGUCUACCAUCCUAUUUCGACAGGGGACUAAACUCCGCCACUGAACAGUGACUUCACAUGUACCGCCGACGCAUACUGCCAUUCGUUUAAGGUGGCAGACUUUUUUCUCUACUCCUCCCCUGGACUCACGGGAUGUCUCUAGCAUGAUGGCUUAUCUCGAAGCCGACAACGCACUUUUUAAUGUAAAAAAGAGCUCCUUUCUCCCUGGUUAAUGUUUGUCUAUUAUCAAGGCUUACGGGCAGACACUUUAAGUCUUACAUUCGCACUGGUUUCGCGCUUCGUUCCGGAUAAUCCUAGGUGUACGGCAAUGUUUUGGACUCAGUUAUCACUCCGUCUCAAACUUUCCCCUCCUCGAGUUUUACUACGACCUGCGCAGACUGUUCGCUGAUCUAAAUCUUCAAAACAGUAGCCUGGUUUCAUUCGUGUUAGAACAUAUUUUCGGAGGAAUCUGGUCUAUUGAGGAAGGCGACUUUAUCAAAACUCUCCGAUAAAUGCCGCUGUCGAAAGUUGUGUGGUGUCGAAAAGAUAAAGAUUCCCAAUCAAAAGUCAGGGAAGACGGUUUGAGUUUGACAACAUUUCACUGCCAGAGAAAGUGCAUACACAAGGGCUCUGUAGGCAGUUGCCGCGAGCGCGCUCCAAGCAAGCUGUUGUCUGUGUCCGCCCUCAGAGUGUUGUGAGCGCGUGUGCGCCCUUUGUUGUCUCCACGUCCGCCAGCCAAUCAGAGUGGGGACAGCGUUGAUUGGCUUCGAGCACUCACGCGUCCCAGUAGCGUAUCGACACGGAGUGUGAGGCGGACAGGACGGCAGCGUGACAAAGGCGGAGGGCGAGGAGACGCGAACUGCCACACCGCGAGGCUGUUCUUUCGUUCGGUGGGAAGUCAGAGAAAACUCUGCACCCUACACACUGUCAUGCAUACGGAACCUCGCCAGUAGAUGAUAAGCCGAUCGCUGAUAGCAUGUGUCUGCGUAAAGGCCUAAAUGGAACUUGGGCUUGCGGAUUUCCGGACCUGGGUAUUGGGAUGGAUAUCGUCGUUUUUAGCAGUCAUACAACCCAAGCCUAGAUGUUAUUCCAGCCAUCACUUAGAGUCGACGCCGAUGUCGUCUUAAGGUCUCAAAAUGUUGCUAGGGGUGAAGACCUUCCGUGCUGAGAUCUGACAUUAAAAACGUUUAGGACGUGUGCAGAUCAUAAUUCCUAGCCAGAAGUUUAAGGAGCAAUAAGUUGCCUGUCGCUUGUCUAAAUAACCGGCUUCCCAGCUCUGUCCAGCACGGCUUUUGUUUUGGUCGAUUCCGCGAAAAUUGUCAUUUAUUUGGGCAAUUAACAAUGGCUUUUGAUCUUGGUAUAGCAUAAACGUUUUCUAGGAGGGUUGGAAUCCCUGGGCAUCUGUUGUCCGCAAUCGAUUACACUACAUCUUAUUUCUCCAAUCACUGUUGAAAGUCGUGGCUGCCCCGUACUUGUCGACCUCCACCCAGACUAUCAUUAUGGUUAUUUAAACCACGAUUUUUGGUCUUCUGUUUCCACAGUCAUUCACAAAAGCUCGUUUUUGUUAUUGGACUGACUGUUGUUUUGGCCUCGUUCAUUCGGAAAACAACAUUCCGUGGGUCAUCAUAGUUUGGUGCUAGCGGGGAGCGAUAUCGUUGGUGCAGUCGAGGUCAGUCAGUCCGUGUGUCGAUGCAAAUUCGGCCGCUUCGUGAAGUCAGUCGUCGGGGUAAUUUAACAGAAUUGAUUGCAGAGUGAAACCACGUCGAAUACCAAAGGAAACAUCAUAUGGUUGUGAGGGGCAGUUACGGAUCAGAACUAGAGCCCUGACCAUCGUGAAGAUAUUUACCGGCAUGCUGGCGAAUUGCAUUACCUAGAAGAAGAAGAAGAAGAAGAAGAAGAAGAAGAAGAAGAAGAAGAAGAAGAAGAAGAAGAAGAAGAAGAAGAAGAAGAAGAAGAAGAAGAAGAAGAAGAAGAAGAAGAAGGAGAAGAAGAAGAAGAAGAAGAAGAAGGUGCGAUCAAUGGGACGGUAUAUUUAUUGGUCUUUUCUUUCGAACUCGAACUGGAGUUCAUCAUUAGAGACUGCUAGAGUGCAGCAACGUGUGAACAGUUAUAUCGUUGUUCCUUGCGGGGGGGACUACGUCCGUGCCUAGGUCUGGCUUGUGCUGCCUGGCCCACCAUGGUCUCCCUGCGUGGUGACGGCGUUUGUACUUCGCGGCGAUGUGAACUGCGCCACCUGGCUGCGUGGGCGGAGUGCAUGAUAACACGCAGGCAAAUCAAUGUGUCUAUUGAUAGAGUUGGUGUCCGACACCCACGUCUCCAACAGUUCUCGCCCCGUCUGGUUGCCGGCUCGCGCCAAUAACCGCGUGUUGGCGAAGUCAAACUCACGGCCUUUCUCCGGCGUGUGAGUGGCAACUUGAGAUAGUGGGUCGCCUCUCCGAACGGCUCGUUUGUGCUCAAGUAUUCGUGAACUGAGACGUCCUCCUGUUUGGCCUGUGUAGUGGCAAGGGCAUUUAUGGCACGGGUUUUGAUAGACUUCGCCUGACUGCUCACCUGAGUCCAGCGGAUCGAUUAUUUUCAUGAUCCUGCUACGCAUGGUAGCCGCCGGAUUAUGAGCGAUGCGCACGUCUAACUCUGACGCAGUACGUUCUGUGGCCUCGGACACAUUCCUUGUGUACGGUAGGGAGUGCCACGUUGUUGCUAUCCACCGUCCCAGUGAUCGUGCCUUCGUCUUCUUCUAAACAAGAACCUGGGAUGCGCAUAUUCUCUUCCUUUUGAUAAUUACAUUACCUUUCCGUGGCCGUCAAGCUCAUCAAUUUCUUGCUUGUCUUCCACGCUCACAGCCCAGCUUUCACAGCUGUAUCGAGGUGCUGACCUGACGGACCCGUGGUGGGCGCGGAUCUUUGUGACCAAUGACAUGCCACGUCGGAGAUAGUGGCGGCCUUGGAAAACUGUGAAAACCCUGAGAGCAGCAACGACUCGGAAGAGGAUGUCAUCCCUACUCUGCUUAUUCGGCAGCAGCCUCUAAUUGAGGCUUUUUAAACUACGUAUUUCUUCAAGUUGACAGCAUCUAAUCCUGAUGAUUGUCUUCUCCUGAUCAAGUAUUUGGCUCGAAAUCAGUUUAGUCCUCAACACCUUGUAAGUGAUAAAGUGGGCUAUCCGGGAAACGAAGAUAGAAGUAUCCCACCAGUUACAAACUAGUGAAUAAGAACAAAGUCGUCACCAGGUAAAAAUGCACGUGCUAGUUCUUUGUCUUAUUCAAUGUUGUGCCAAGGUAUUUUACAAGAGUCUUAUAACUGACUAGCUGGACCCCGCCACGCGUUGCUGUGGCUCAGUAUUUGGUUGUAAAUGCCACUGCUCCUGUCUAAGCUUAGGAAUGUUUGAUUGCAAGCAUGGCAGAAGUUGAGCCGUGUUUUAUUUUUGCUCAUGGCACCAAUCCACAUCUAACGAAGCAGCAGCAGAUUGGGUUUGCGGUGACAUUCCCAGUUGAUUAAGAACUUUGUUCACGAUUUCUGCGUACAUAUCCUCAAUCAAUAUUAACUCCUCGCUGUAGAUUCCUGCUGUGCAAGCCACAUUUAAAUUUUCCUUGCAUAGUUGACGGAAGAUAUCUCUAGCCAUGUGCGAUUUAUAUUUCUCCCGUAAAGCUGUUGGAGAUGAGGAGAGAAUGCGGUCAAUAUGACUGCAAACUCCAUGAAUUUGGUCUGGGUGGGACGUGUUGAAGGCGUCAUUAAUACAUACGUCCCACUGUUGAUCGUUCUCCAGUAACUGAAGAGCCUGACACGCACUGCCAAAAGUGCCUUGCGUAACGCCGUUGGCAGAUUUCAAUUGCUGGAAAGUCGUUGAACCGGGCACAUUCACCAACAGUAUGCGAAGUAAGAUUGGGAUGCACGGUGUGCGGUCUGCCAAUCGAAGUUCCUUGAGUAUUACGGGGUGUCCGUCCACUCGCUCUCCUCGUUUGCGUCGUUUGGAUGAAUUUCUACACACAUCUCCUGUAUAGUACGUAGGCACUUCCGAAUACGGCAGUGUUUUCGCAAACGCGUCAGUUUGGCUUAACGUGGGGAACGCAGUUAAUGUUGUUGCCAGUGGAUCUAAGGCAACCUGUUGCAUAUUUGCAUCGGUAAAGUAAACGCAUUGCCCAUUCUCUAACUGUACUGCAAGUGAACAACACCCAAACUUCGCUCAUGGAUGGGGAAUGAAAGAAUCCGCCACACGGCUUUGUUGCUGUUGACGCAUCUUCCAGCUCAAUACUGUGCGAUUUCAUCAAGUUGUAUGUCCGCAUCCCUUUCUCUCCUUUCGUGUGCGAGGCCGAAAACGGCAAUGUCGCUGCCUUUAUUCACAUACUUACAAAUGUACCUAAUUAAUUUCCCAAAAUUGGAGGUUUUCACGUUUAUGUCAGCUGCGUUUGCUUCUAAAGGCAAAGGCGAAUACGAAACAACCCAGUGGUUGCCGGACUCUAUGUCAUCGAUUCGCAUUCCUACGGUGGCCAACUUGCCGACGUCUUCCGUCGUUACCGGUAACUUCGUUGCAUGCGAAUGCCCGAGGAUAUCUCCGAGAGCAUUUUCCGUCUGUCAUGCCGGGGGUGGGGAGGGGGGAGAAUUGGGAUUCAGUGCACCUCAAGGUCCAUGUAUCCUAUUCUUCGCCACACCUUCAUGCAAAUCGUUGUCCACGUCGGCGUCAGGUAGUUCAGCGCAUAUUUCAACGGCGAUUUCGUUGGAAGUGAUCUUGUUAUAGAGCCAGAUCAAUACAUGUGCAUGGGUCAGCCCCCUUUUUGCCGUUCCUGCUAAUACAUCCAGCGGCGUACAGACCCAACCACCACGUGUUUCACCAUGAAGUUCAUCCGCGAUUACAGUUUCUUUCUGAAAAUACGUUCUGUGAUGUCAUACCUAUUCACCGGCGAUAGCCCAGGAAGUUAAGGCUGAUAAAUAUCCCCCCAAGCUGGAUUGCAUGUGAAUGUAAUGAGCAGGUCUGGACUCCCGUACUGACAAAAGUAAGCAAUUGCACCUCGAGCGUACUUGAGCAUAUGACGUGAUCUGUCUGUGUAUGUGGAUGACAAAGUCGUUAGUGUUACAACAUUAGUUUUAUUAUCGUCGUUUACAACUGCAUCAUGCAAAUGAAUAUAGGCAGAAUGAUAUUACCGACAAAGACAAGGGAGACUGGAAUGGCUUGGUCUGAUUCAAGCGAAUGAAAAGCCGGCAUUCUGUUUCGCUUUUUGCAUACAUAUCCACAAUGCAGUGGUAAAACAAUUGACGGCAUUUCAAAGGGGAAUUACGUACACUCUGUCGAAGCAUAAGUCGGUAGGAGUAGUAGUUCAUUGCGCUGCAUUUCAUGUGCGUUACCUCGCCACUGACUGGAUUUAUCAUCCAACUUUGUAGUGAUAUCCACCGGCACGAUCUCGAAAAGUAAAUGGAUGCUGCGUUGAAAUCGGUCUCCGACUGCCGGCAUAUGCUGGAUGGCAAAAUCCUUAGCCGUCCAACGGUUGUUGUCGCACCGACGUUCACAACAGCAUCACGCAAAUGAGGGUUCUUCAGAGCGCAGCGUGAAUGCUGAGCACGGAGACGUGUUGGACGCAUGUCCGCUGUUCCUCGCUGGUGUCUUUCAGCCACUCCCAGCUGGCUGUGUUCACUCUUUUAUGAACAGAGUAGACCUGAAGCUGCAGAACGCGGUAGCCGUGACCGCAAGCGGGCUUCCGCAAGCCGGGUUGUACGACACUGGGCUGACACUGGGUGAAAGGUCCCUUAUGUGGGUUGUGCGGGGGGGACAAGCAGGCGCUGGUGUUAACUGCAUCCACUCCUCACCCCCCGAAAAUCCCCAAGGCAGCGGUGACGGCACUAUUAUGUCGACUGUGGGACAAUUUUAAGUGGCGUCCAAGUGUUGCGUGCUUUUUUGCUGCAGGGUGAGUGGUUUGCUCUGGCGGCCCAUAUUGCAUCGGCCCAGAGAGGGUGGAGGGCCUGCUCAACUGCCUGCAGGGUGGAUGGUGGGGUGAGCGCGGCUGUCGGACGGGGCACGUGCGUUUGAGAGAAUGGCGGUCAAGUGGCCACAGUCUGGGCGCACAUGUGUCCGCGCGCGAUAUAGGUCAAGUGGCCGCAGCUGGUGGCGUUGUUAUGCCGGAAAAAAUCCAGUUUUUUACUCAUCACAGGCAUACCAUCGGCAUAAUUACACAACUGACCAGCCAAAAACCCGGCCCUAUGCGCGGGUCGGGUUGUGUCCAAAUUUCAGCGCAAUCGGUACAGUACUUUCGGAGAUUAGAUAUAACACAGAAAAAAAACCCUUCCAUUUUUAUAUAUAUAGAUUAAAACAAAACGAACGUAAAUGUCACUACAACCUUCUUUGAAUAAAUCGACUGAUUUGGCGACCUCAUUCUCCCGUGACACCAACGAUCGUACACCACAAGAUCUUGAGAUCAGGGGGGAGGUGAUAUCGCCAGCGCAGUUGACAUAAAUCAGCCGGAGUCCGGAUGCAUACUCUGCACCGUCCAAAUCGUGUGGGGCCCCUUCUGCGAAUCCAGUCCGUUCCCCAAUUUAACGAAUAGGCAACCGGAUGCAACCUAGUUGAAGGCCAAAUCGAAUGUCAGACAACUUGGGAAUGAUUUUAUUGGCCAGAACACGAACACUGGUAAAUACAGAGCAUGCCCUGAUAUUGGAGAUGUUUUUUUGCUAGCAUGUCGUCUAGUUCCAGUAUCUGCCACAGAGACGCCAUAGACCGUAUCGAAUGCGAAGUCAACAAUUCGGAUGACUGUCUGUUGCUGAUUGCCAUGGCGGCAUUCAAGACUGUGAAGCAGGGUAUUUUGUCAGUACACCCACCCCUAGCGGAAAAGUGGGCUGCCAUAGAGACACGCCUACUCUGAUGUCGUCUUUAAGUGGCAAGGGCGAGGAGUUUGGAGUUCAUUACGGGGGACUUAUGUAGCGGUAGAUCUCGCACAAGGGUGCCCCGGCCCCAGUCAUCAGGAACGAGCCCGUCUCGUCAGGUUUGCUUAUUCAAUUCAUAGAACUGCGGCAGCACAGUGCCAACAAGAGACAUGUAGAUUUAAGUGGGCAUACCGUCCCACUGGGCGUCCUUUUGUCGUUCAGUGUCCGUAUUUCAUCCACGAGGUCUACCUCAUGAGGGGGGGAGGGGAGACACAUGGCACUGCGUAGGCUGAGGGGUAAUUAAACUGUGCUGCGGAGACGAGCGUGAUAUUGAUGGUUCGGUCAUCGAAGUUAGAAAGGUGCCUGAAUUGCUCCCAUCAGCGCGGGACUUUGGCCAAUCACAUGGCAGACGGCCUACCGCUGCUCUGGCUAAUAAUUUGGUUACGCUGUUGUGUUUCUCGGGAUGGCCACUUCCAGAUUUGGCAAAUGCACUUGCAUUGGCCCUACUCCGGGUGCCUGUUGCGACCCUUCGACUCCUACACGUGCGUGUGCACGUAAGCGGCAGCCUGGUUCUCGUCCGAUCACACCUUCCCGGCUGGCCAAUCAUCUUCAGGGCCGAAUCAGACGUGCUUUGGCUCAAGGCGCUGUGACGCACACCAGUGAUGAGUACCCGGUCUGUCGAUUGCAGAGCGCAUCAAGUUCCGUAGACGUCGUUGCAUUGACCGCAAUACUUGAAUCAGACUUUUUCUUGAGGUUUCUUGAGAAACACGAGUAAAAGUGCAUCCCCAACAGCCGCUCGGAUUGCUUGACUGAGGGUGUCUCCGCUAGCACUUUGUUUCAAAAAAAGACAGCUGGCGAUAGCAGAAAUACUUUCCUGCGGUUCAUCCUGGCAGUGUCAUACUGUCAUCAUUCAGCCUUGGGCAUUUUAUGCGACAAUCAGCCUGCCAGACUUCGACCCAUUCGUCCUUCGUUAACUUUACUAGCUCACAAUCAACCUUCACCAAGCCCCGUUUUACUAUCCCUAGCCACAUAGGACAGGGGCCAAGCUGCAGGGACAAAGCCCUCUUCUAUGAAGCCUCUCAGGUACCCAAUCUCCUUCUUGUGAGGCACUGCAUGGGCUCUGGCGAGAACUCUGGUAUCACGUAA